AUGCAAAGCGAAAUAUUAUUUCGAGAUUACCCCCGUUCUAUUGCCCUUCGGCCGAUUCAAUUUGAAAAUAAUGGUAACCCCUACGGAAAAUCAAAUCCUUUAUUAUUAUUAUUUGAUCAAGUACAGCAAAGUUAUAACGAUUCUCCAUUACAAUGCAAUGUAAGACUUCUACGUGAAUCUGAUGUUGAUAUAAUGGAGUAUCGACAGCUUGGCUCAAGGGCCGUUUAUGGGUGCCUUGGAUUGCUUCAAGUUGAACGAGCGGUUGUAACAGAAUGUAUUCCUCUUGGGGAAAUUCGUUCAAAUGAGUCCGUUUUUCGAAUUAUCGACGUAGAAUUUUAUUCGCUUACCAAUAAUACACGGUAUUCUGUUUCAACAUCCGCCAGCAAUAGAUAUUAUGAUGAUAGUUCGCUCAACGAAUCGUCACAACAACAAUCUUAUGAACAUCCAUGUACUCAAUUAAGAAAGUUACUGUCAAAUGGCCACUUUUAUUUUUCUUCGGAUUUUGAUUUAACAAAAACUUUGAACGUUAGGUCAAAAACAUCAUCAGCGGAUAAAUAUACUUAUGAUGAUCAUUUCCUAUGGAAUAAAUUCAUGAUUAAUGAAUUGUUGAACUUUAGAUCUAAACUUAGCAAAUUAGAGCAAUUAGAAAUGGAUACUUGCGGUUUUCUAGUGUUAGCUAUUCAAGGAUACGUUGGAAUACAAGAAACACGGAUUGAUUCUUCGAAUGUGACCUUAUCACUCAUAUCUAAAUUGAGUUGUAAACGUGCUGGAACAAGGUUCAACAUUCGUGGAAUAGAUGAUGAUGGAAAUGUUGCUAAUUUUGUCGAGACUGAAACGAUAUUACAACUGCCUGAAACAUGUUUUUCUUAUAUCCAAAUUCGAGGGAGCGUGCCAGUAUUCUGGGAACAGCAGGGAUUACAAGUAAUGGCUCAUAAAAUUCAGGUAUCGCGUGGUCCUGCAGCGACACAACCCGCUGUCGAGCGUCAUUUCAAUGAACUGCAGAGCAGAUAUGGUGAUGUACAUAUCGUAAAUCUUCUUGGAGUUAAAGAGGGCGAAUAUGUAUUGAGCAAAGAAUAUAAAGAUCGUAUAAUAGAUUUAAACGGGAAUGGCUUAGAAAAUAGGGUGUUGUUUACAAAUUUUGACUUUAAUUCGAUCUGUAAAACCGGAAAUUAUGAAAAUAUGAUACAAUUAUUUAGCAUUAUUGGAGAAAAAUUAGAAUAUUUCGCGUUCUUUGCUCUGGAUAGAGAGACGAACAGUCCCAUAUUUUAUCAAAAAGGACUUUGUUAUCAUCCAAAGCAAACUGGAGUAUUGAAUAUCAUUAAAUUUUGGGGAUAUAAUCUUGGAACAAAUGUAGUUCAAACUGCAUUAUCAAAAGAUGUGAUGAAUACAUAUAUUAGACUUAUGGGAAAUAUUUCGGAAUCUGAUAUUGAAAGUCUUCAAUCCCGGCAUUCUAUUUUAUGGGCAGAAAAUGGCGAUGGCCUAUCAAAAAUUUACACCGGUACUGGAGCUCUUAGAUCAGAAUACACCCGAAGCGGAAAAAUCACAUGGGCCGGUGUCCUGACCGAUGCUACAAAGACCGUUAACAGAUUUUAUAUCAAUAACUUUCAAGACAAGUCAAAGCAGGAAGCAAUUGAUUUGUUACUUGGAAAACUGUUAAAUUCAAAAGCAAUUGAGAUUCAUGAUCCAGUUAAUGAAGCGAUACGUCAAGAUAUCUUAAACAGGUUAAGCGACUAUUGUUUGAAAUCUACGAUCAAUGUAUUUGUCGGUACAUACAAUUUGAAUGGACGCCUACCGUCCGGAGAGUCUCUCUCAUCUUGGUUAUUUCCUUUUAGUGAUUACGAGCCUGAUCCCCAUUUAUUUGUCAUCGGUUUUCAGGAGAUUGUCGAGUUAAAAGCACAACAGAUUGUUUCAGCUGAUCCAGAAAAAUUACGAAUUUGGGAGAAGGAAAUAAGUAAAGCUUUAAAUAGUCGCUCUGGUCAGCGUUCUAAUUAUGUAAUAUUGAGGUCCGGGCAGUUAGUCGGUACGGCUUUAGUUAUUUACGCGAGAUCUGAUAUUGUAUCCAAUAUACGCAAUGUUGAAUAUAUAAUGAAAAAGAUGGGCUUAGGCGGUAUGGCUGGAAACAAAGGAGCUGUUGCCAUUCGCCUUGAUUAUCAUGAUACCAGCAUAUGCUUUGUCACAGCACAUUUGGCGUCUGGACAAUCAAACACAGAAGAUAGGAAUAGAGAUUACCAUACCGUCAAUGAUGGAUUAAUUUUUCGAAAUGGUCGUCGCCUCUUACAUCACGAAUAUGUUGUUUUCUUUGGAGAUUUUAACUAUCGCAUAAAUUUAGGAAACGAGGAGGUUAGAGAACUCAUAUAUCAGGAAAAUUUCGAACAACUAUUGAAAUUUGAGCAGUUGACAAACCAAAUAAACUACGGUUACGCAUUCACGGAGUAUAUUGAAGGGCCCAUUACCUUUUUUCCCACAUAUAAAUACGAUAAUGGAACUGAUGAAUAUGACACUAGCGAGAAGGCUCGAGCACCUGCAUGGACAGAUAGAAUAUUAUAUCGAGGAAAUAAAAUCCGACAGAUUGGAUACUCUAGGGCGGAAUUAAGGGUUUCUGAUCAUCGACCAGUCAUGUCAUCAUUUGAUAUAGAGGUAAUUAAACUUGACGAAGUUGCAAAAAAAAAGAUACAGGGGGAACUUUAUCUCGAGAAACAAAAAACAUUGUCGAGAAUUAGUGAUAGUAAACUAGAAAAGACAAAUUAUGCUAGAAAAUUUAAUAAUGCGUCGGAUGAUCAUAAAGAUGAUAUAACUACUACUGAUAAUAGUAAUAUAGACAAAGAGACGGGGCCUCCUGUUGGUGUUUUGAUUAAUUUUGAUGAGAGCAAUAAAAAAGAUGGAUUACCACCACCAAGCUCAGAAACUUUUCAGUGGUGGGCAGAUUUUAAAGGCGAUUCUUCAUCACCAAUGGUUGUAGACAAGAGUGUCAUAAAUCGGAAGUAUAGAAAUUUUUCCAGCAAUCCUUUUUAUGAAUCGAAUCCACGGUUAAUGAGGUCAAUGUCGCUGAAACCAUUGAUACCGUCCAAACCUACAACACCCAAACCGGUGAUAAGACAAAAUAGUAUGGGAAGCAUUCUAAGAACAAAUACCUUUACUGAAAAUGAUGAUGAGUUUUUGGCAAAGGCACCGAAAUUAUUUGAUAUAUAA